ACAGCCCGGACAACCAAUGGGGGGCGAAGGGCGGGGGCCCGAGUGGCCGAGCACCGCCGCCGCCAUUUUGCGAGGAGAGAGCGGCGGAGGGCGCAGGCCUGAAGAUGGUGAAGCUGUUCAUCGGGAACCUGCCGCGGGAGGCGACGGAGCAGGAGAUCCGCUCGCUGUUCGAGCAGUACGGCAAGGUGCUGGAGUGCGACAUCAUCAAGAACUACGGCUUCGUGCACAUCGAGGACAAGACGGCGGCCGAGGACGCCAUCCGCAACCUGCACCACCACAAGCUGCACGGCGUCUGCAUCAACGUGGAGGCCAGCAAGAACAAGAGCAAGGCCUCCACCAAGCUGCACGUGGGCAACAUCAGCCCCACCUGCACCAACCUGGAGCUGCGCGCCAAGUUCGAGGAGUACGGCCCCGUCAUCGAGUGCGACAUCGUCAAGGACUACGCCUUCGUGCACAUGGAGCGGGCGGAGGACGCGGUGGAGGCCAUCCGAGGGCUGGACAACACCGAGUUCCAAGGCAAGCGGAUGCGCGUGCAGUUGUCCACCAGUCGGCUCAGGACCGCGCCCGGGAUGGGAGACAAGAGCGGCUGCUACCGGUGCGGGAAGGAAGGGCACUGGUCUAAAGAGUGUCCGGUAGAUCGCCCGGGGCAAGUGGCUGACUUUACCGAGGCCUAUAACGAGCAGUACGGAGCCGUGCGCACUCCCUACACCGCGGGCUAUGGGGAGACCAUGUAUUACGAUGACGCGUACGGCGGGAUGGCCGACUACUACAAGCGCUACCGCGUCAGGUCCUAUGCGACGGCCUCUGCGUACGACGCCUACGCAGAGCAGACCAUGGCCCAGUACUCCCAGUACGCCCAGUACUCCCAGGUCCAGUCCACGGCCAUGGCGGCCACCACGGCCAUGGCCAGCCGCAUCCCCACCACCUUAGACCCCUACGAUAGAGCUCUGCUGCCCACCCCGGGCGUAGCGGCGGCUGCGGUGGCGGCUGCAGCCACGGCGGCGGCGGCGGCGGCCUCCUCCACCUAUUACACCCGGGAUAGAAGCCCCCUGCGCCGCACGGCAGCCGCGGCCACCACCGUCGGAGAGGCGUACACGUACGAUCGUAGUCAGCUGUCGCCGGUCUCGUCGGUCGCUCGGGCUUCGCUCUACGACAUGCAGCGGUUCGGGCGCGACCCGUACGCGGACAGGGCGCGGUACUCUGCCUUUUGAGCCGAGGUGAGCGUGUGUGGAGCCGCAGAACACCGCUGUGCUGCUGGGGUUGCGCGGGGGUCCCCCGGCGGCAGGGCUGACCCCCGCCUCGUUGCCAGCCGCAGGGGGCGCAGAGGUCGGGGCCGAGCGCCGGGACCCGGCUCGGGGCCCUUUGUGGGCGUUAAAGCCCGGACGCCGGCUCCACCAGAGCCCGGCUGGCUUUGGCACGGCGAGCGUGGCGAGAUGAGCGUCGGCAUGUCGGUGUAGAGCGGUCCUCCCGGUGCCGGGAGCGCGCCCUGCUCCCCGGCGUGGUGCCAGGGGAGGCUCCCCUCCCGUCCACUCACACAACGCCCUGCCGAGCCCGGGGCGGCCGACGAGUCACAACCGAGCGGCGUCCCGCUGCCGGCAGCUCGGCCGAUGUCUGGACUGCAGCUGGACUCCGGCUUUUUCCGCAGGGCUCGGCUCAGCCCCA